UGUCACCUUAUCCACUAUCCCUGUGUUCUAUCCUACACCACUUACAACUUCCAAGUUUUGGUUCGAACUUAGACCAAACUAAGCAGCAGCAGCGGCAUCAUUACAGUCCCUGCCUGCCAAUGACUACAGCAAGAGCCUCUACUUUCUUCACCUUCACUUACUCGCCUAAACCGAACCAAACGUACCCAGUAUAUCCCGCUCAGAGAGCAGGGUAUGCGGAUUUAGCAUACUCUCCUCUCUUGCUCAAGCACCACACACAUACCAAACUCCAAUGCAUUUCCAAGUCUAUAGAUGUCAAAGAAGAGACCACACCUCCCGUUUCACAGGAUGAUCCCACGCCACUAGAAAUCGAACAACAACAAGAACAAGAGGAGUUAGAGUUACAGAGCCUUGAUAAGCGUCGUGAGGAGAAGUUUGCGGUGCUGAACACAGGAAUAUCAGAGUGCAGGUCAUGUGGAUACCUUUAUGACCAGGCUGCUGGUGAUCCCUCGUAUCCGAUACCUCCCGGGUUUUCAUUUGACAAACUCCCUGAGGAUUGGAGGUGUCCAACAUGUGGAGCAGCCCAGAGUUUCUUUGAGAACAAGAGUGUUGAGAUUGCAGGGUUUGCUGAGAAUCAACAGUUUGGAUUGGGUGGUAAUACAUUGACAUCUGGCCAAAAGGCCUUGCUCAUAUAUGGCAGCUUGUUAUUUGCAUUUGUUUUGUUUCUUUCUGGCUACUUUCUUCAAUAGUAGUUGUAUCUGUUUGUAACAGCUUCAAUUGGUACUUGAUUAUAUGUUGUUUAUAUGAAUUUUGAGAUGAGAGAUCAUAUAUCAUUGCUAUAUUCUACA